CACUAGACCUCCCUUCGUCUCAACCACACUGUAUACUGAGGCGGUCUGUAGCAUACGACGAUGAGGGUGUGCUUUUUUGUUGCUGUUGCCUCCUACGGCAUCGCUGUUGUUGGACGCGGCAGAGCAGAGCAAACUUUCACAUCAUACCCAGUUUGUGAUGUGGCCGUUGAGUCUGCCCUUUGCCUGCACGGGGAGCAGAAAGUUCUGCUUCCCAGCGCGCAGCCGUAUGGACUUGAACUGCACAUCACAUUUGAUAGUGUGAGGCCGCUCGACGAAAGUGGCAAAAGAAAUCAUGCCUCGGGGGAGGUGAUGGCGGCAACAGGAAUAGGAGGAUCAGGCAGCUCGGGUCUUUUCCGACGGAACUAUAUCUACGUCUCAAGUGCAGACGGCCUACAGACUGCAGAUUUUAGCUACACAUUCUUCGCGUACUUACUUGAGGACGCAGAGUCGCGAGCCAACAACCUUCUCCAUGACCAGUUCUGCCCGUUGCUCCACAAGGGUGUCAUGAGGGAGAAUGUCCAGGAGGCGGCUCCUGCGAUUCUCGUCAACCCAAGGGAAGGCAGAAUCAAGGUUGUUGUCGCUACAUCACAAAACCCGGACACUCCGGGAGAGGAGAUGAUGAGCAACUCGAGACUGAAGCCUCAUCAGUGGUAUCACAUCGCUGUGGUCCGCCGCAUGAACCGUGUCUACCUUUACGUUGAUGGUAUUUUAGACUGUACAAUGGUGACGCAAGGUCUCGCGCGAACAAAUGACUUGCCAAUGUACAUCGGAUCAGCUCCGUACGCUGAGGAUGUUUGCGAUGUACCGCUCCUUAUAGAUGAACUGAAAGUGUUUUCCUACGCACUAGGAAGGGAUAGUAUCCAGGCUGAGGCUUCAAUAUCGCUAGCGGGGGUUGAACCGUCAUUCAUUCACAUUGGCUGUUUCGAUUGCAACAAAGACGAAGCCUCAACAGCGUGUCCGGAUGGUUACCAUCUUUGUGACAAACUGGAGUUGUACAUUGGAGGAUAUCAGGUUGCUCGAAAGCUUUCUCUCGGGACAUCUCUAGUCGCAGCAGGAUCCGCAAUGCCAGCGAAAGGCACAGCUUUAUGCUGCAGUGACACCUGAUUCUUAAAAAGGAACAGCAUGGAAGGUGUCUGAAUGAACUGCGACCAUGCUUACGACACAUGGCUACCUGUUUUGAGGACUGGAUGCACAAAAAGCCUCUUUCGAGCUGGAAGAGCAUGGACUUGCCUUAGAAGAGAGGUGCCAGGGAAGACGCACUAAUCCCUUUUCAGACUACGGGCAUGGCCGGGAAGGACAUUUAUAUGCCGAAUCAUUUCGAGCAAUGUUUUCACAUAAUCACCACAAAAAAUCUGUUGUGACGACAAUAACCAGAAACUGCGGUUAAACAUAGUACUGUGACGGUCUCCCUGCCGCAAGUGGGAUGUUGAGUUUCCAAGCAGUUGAGUUACAAAUUCUGAAUUAUUAUUUCAUC